AUUAUAGUAAGAUGGUUGUGCAAAACAAACGCAUUCUACUUGUGCUUUUCUUCCUCCUAUGCUUCAUCUCUAUCCAUGCAAGAGCACGAAAACUGAAAGAGAAAAGCAACACGGUUAGCAGUGGGGAUUCUAGUACAACUCAUAAGGAAACUCAUGAUAACGUAUUUAAGCCAAAAGAAGGUAAAGAUAAUGGAAACGAAGUGUUCUCAAUGGAUUACACUCCAGCCAGAAGGAAGCCACCAAUCCACAAUUUGAAUUGAUGCCAAUUUUGUGCCACUCUUUAUUUUUAUAUAUACUACAAAAAGUGUAUCAUAUAUUUUCAAAGUUUUUUCUACUUUAUAACAUUGUAAUUAAUUAUAGCUAGAAUACACGGUACGUAGGAAAAUCACCCUAUGUCUUUCCUACACAAAGCAUAGUGUAUAUAUAAAAAGAUGAAUAAAAAAUAUGCAUGUGUACAGUACAGUACUA